AUGGGCGGAUUGUUAGGAUACGACAUAUCCUUCAGAUCACCCAUACACUUUUACACCUUCUCAGCUUGUUUUAUAACACAUACUGUCGGGGCCGCCGGCGGGUACAUCCAGGGCGGCGGGCAUUCGCCGUUCGGCCACUGGAAGGGCCUGGCAUCGGACAAUGCUUUGGAAUUCGAGAUCGUGACGGCCAAUGGCGCACUCGUCACCGCGAACUCCUACCAAAAUACAGACCUUUUCUGGGCCCUGCGAGGUGGUGGUGGUGGGACCUUCGGCGUGGUGACCAGCGUCACGCUGCGCACAUUUGAAGAAGUACCGGUUGUCGUGUAUAACUUCAACAUGACCACUGCCGGCGGCGAUCCUCGAUUUUGGGAUGCGUUCGCUCAGUGGCAUGCCGCACUCCCAUCCAUUAACGAUGCUGGUGGCUCGGGUUAUUACUUUGCUCUCCCCAACGUCCCCCUUGGCGCAACGACCAGCACAUCAACCAUCAUCUCGCUGCUGAUGUUCCCCGAGAAAACGGACGUCGGCCAAAUCGAUCAGCUGUACCAGCCGUUGGCUGCAAAGCUACAACAGAUCGGUGGCGUCCAAACCGCCAACGCGUCCAUUCCCUUCCCGACAAUGAACUCGACUAUCUUCACCAUGCUAAUCGCUGAUCCACAGUCUGAUAGCACCGGAAGCAUCGCCAUGCUGGCGUCUCGUCUUUAUUCUAAGGAUCUCCUGACCUCCAAGGACGGCCCUGAGCGUCUGGCUAAGGCCUUUCAGAGCAUCAAGUGGAGUCCGUACUCUGGAAUCACCGGCCAUGUGGUCGCAGGCGGUGCCGUUGCAGCCAACGGCGACAAGGUCGACAGUGCGGUGAACCCGGCAUGGCGCAAGACCAUCUCGCACCUGCUCUUCUCCAGAAGAUGGGCGACCAAUACCACUCUGGCAGAGCAGAAGACCAUCAUCAAGAACAUGACCGAGGUGGAAAUCCCCAUCCUCCGGUCCGUCGAGGGCGACGACCGCAUGGGUGCUUAUCUGAACGAGGCCAACGGCUAUGAGCCUGGCUUCCAGACUUCAUUUUGGGGCGACAACUAUCCACGUCUAUACCGCAUUAAGCAGAAGUGGGAUCCCAAAGGUCUGUUCAUCGCUCGCAAGGGUGUUGGCAGCGAAGACUGGGAUGACGCGGGUCUGUGUCACAUUGCCCGCAGGAGCGAUUGA